UGUCACAUGAAUCCAAACUUGUCUCAGUCUGAUGAAGUCUUUUUCACUGUCCAAUAGGAACUGCAUGUUUCAGAACAGCUUGGAAAAAAAGGGUGUUCCAAAUCAGGCAGAUUACUACAGAUGUCUGAAUGACGAUACUGUUGUUUAGAACUGAAAACUACCAGAUUUCACUUUCUGGAGCUAAGUUUCAUGGAUUCAAAUUCCAACACUGUGGUUGUGACUGGUUUUGGUCCCUUUCGACAACAUCUCGUUAACUCUAGCUGGGAAGCAGUGAAGGAGAUGUCCAAGUUAGGCCUUGGUGAAAACAUAGAUCUACACAUCAUGCAACUGCCAGUGGCUUACCAAAAAGCAAAGGAUCUCAUCUGUAAGAUAUGGGGGACUCUUCAACCACUAGUCUGUCAUUUUCAUUUCCUGUUAUUCACUCUGGUGGGGGCAAAAAACCAGCUCACUGUUCACGUUGGACUCGCUUCAUCCUCCAAAGCGAUCAUCAUCCUUGAACAGUGUGGGAAGAACAAAGGCUACAAAGAGAUGGAUGUUUGUGGUUUUUGCCCAGAAGAUGGCUGUUGUCUGUUAGACGGCCCAGAAAAGAUUGAGUCUACAAUUAAUAUGAAAACUCUCUGGAAAAACAUUUCGGUGGAAGGAAUUGAUGUCAUCUAUUCCAGAGAUGCAGGAAGGGAAAAAUAACUAUGGGACAGAGGCAAGAGAAGAUAGUGGGACCUAGAAACUACACAAGCAAAAAGCACUACAAACAUUUUUUUUUUAAAUCUCCAGUCACAACGAGCAAUCAGUAUAUUUUAAUUCUUUGUUCUUAAUCAAAAAAAUUGAACAUUUCCAUCCCAGAACAACCUCUUUACUGCCAUCAUUUGGUUGGAUCAGUGCUAAACAAGGGGUUAGAUGCUAUAACUAACUUCAGAGGAGCACCGAUUAUGGCUCCUCUGUUUUAGACUUGCAUCAUGGGCCCCACAACAUCCUCCUUAAACCCUGCCUCCUUGCCCUCCACAUUCAUAAAGCUUCCCCUGCCGAACAAGCAAGCUACUAUUUCGCUUUUGUGCUGAAGUUUGGUCUAUGGUCUGAGCAACAAGCUUAUAUUUGUACAGGUUUCCAUAGCUGCUGCAUUGAAUUGCUUGCUAGCAAAUCUGGUGGCCCCGAUCCACUUGAGAGCACACUCAUCCUCCCUGCCUGAUCUCCACAGCAUGCUAUCAUUGAGGCUCCUGGCAAAUCGGGGGAUCUUGAACAAGGUGCAGCCUCAGCCUAGUAGCUGAGAUCUGCUAGAUCAGAGCGCUGAAUGGCCAUCUACAUCCAAAUGCCUAGCACCGACAGCUCAACCAACGUAGACUAAACGCAGCUGUUGUUCAUGGGAUGGAAGGGUUGAAAUAUUCAUUUUAAAAAACAGACACAAAUGCCUGGUGUCCGCUGUUGUACCCAACAAUUAAAAAAAUAUAUAUAUAUGCGUGUGUCACAACCAAAACAAAAGGCUAGGGAAGAAGGGGGGCUGACUCUUGUACAAGGAUGAAUAUGAACACUGAACAAGAAUGGACUCAAUAUGUAACCUUUUUUUUCUGACCUGAGUUUGUAUCGUGCCUUGCACUGUAACAGACUCGCAUGCUGCAUGGGCAGAGGUUAGCGGAGGGAGGGAGGAUAGAGUUAAAACCACCACUACCACAGCA